CGCGAAUUCGUCGUCCACAAUCCAAGAGCCCAUGGCCAUUUUCCGUGUCUGUUGCAAACCCUCGCUAGUACUAUGAGGUCAGCCUUUUGGCUUGGUCGCCAAUGUCUUCCUCAAGGGAUUCGACGGAGCGCGUCCUUUGCGACACAAGCCUCGACGCGCCGCUUCACCACGGGCACUCCGUCCUCCAUCCGCAGACGCAUCGCAACUCCUCGAUUCCCGCGCAAAACCGUCCUAUGGUCUGGAGCAGGGGCGGCCGCGGCCGGCGGAGCCCUUCUCAGCCCCCUCGCGUUCGUCGCAAUAAGCAAAGAUGGAACCAACAUUGGAGACAAGACACAUGAGGAGGCAAUGCUGGAGGCGUCAAGGAAGGAACUGAAGGAGCAGGUGCCCAAGGCCAUCAAGAAUUCGAAGAAGUACCGAAGAGGCAUUUACUUCUUCGUCGACUUAUAUAUUAUUGAACCCAUCUGUACCGGCCUUCGCUUCCUGCACCUGGUCAUCAUCUUCGUGCCAGUAAUUGUCACAAUACCUUCGAUAUGGUUUGGCCAGAGGCAGCCGGGAAGGGACAAUGAGAGGAGCGGCACGCUAUGGUGGUAUGCCUUCUUGGUCGCAAGUAUGGAACGGGCGGGUGCUGCCUUCAUCAAACUUGGUCAAUGGGCCGCUUCUCGAUCUGAUAUAUUUCCCACCGAGAUGUGCAAGACCAUGUCUGCCCUUCACUCUAACGCUCCGGCACACUCGCUUGAGGUGACUAAGAAAACCAUAGAGAAAGCGUUCGACGGCCGCCGAUUCGAAGACAUCUUCGACGAGUUUGACGAGAAGCCACUGGGCGUGGGCGCUAUUGCACAGGUGUACAAGGCCAAGCUGAAGCCGGAUCUUGCCACGCUGCAGCAGAACACCGAAGAAGAGCCUCCGAAUCUACGCAAGCGGAUAAGGAGAAAUGUGGAUACAGCACUGAAGGACAUGCCACACAUGGUACCCUCGAGCCACGUCGCAAUCAAAGUGCUGCAUCCCAACGUAGAGCGAAUUGUGCGUAGAGACCUGCGCAUCAUGGGUUUCUUUGCCGCUAUCAUUAACGCUAUACCGACCAUGGAGUGGCUGUCUUUUCCGGACGAGGUUGAGCAGUUCGGUGAGAUGAUGAGGCUACAGCUUGACUUGCGUAUCGAAGCUGCCAACCUGACUUUAUUCCGUCAGCAUUUCAAGGAGCGCAACACCGCCUGGUUCCCAUACCCUUACACAGAAUACACAACACGCAACGUCCUGAUUGAAGAAUUUGCCCAAGGCAUCCCUAUGGAAGACUUUCUCCAGAACGGCGGAGGCCCAUUUCAAGAAGAGAUUGCCAACGAAGGCCUCAAUGCUUUCCUUACUAUGGUACUGAUCGACAAUUUCAUUCAUGCCGAUUUGCACCCGGGCAACAUCAUGGUCCGUUUCUAUCAGCCGCAGCAGAUUGAUGUGGGGCUCUUCACGCGAAAAGAAGACCGUACAACUGGCCCGAAGGAUUCGCCAGAUGUGACAGAGGAGGUGCUCCGGAGACUCCGACCUCAUCGGAAGGAUACCCAAGAAUGGAACAAGUGUCUUCAAGAGAUUGAUAGCGAGGGCUACCGACCCCAGCUCAUCUUCAUCGACACAGGUCUAGUGACUGAGCUCAACGCGACCAACAGAACCAACUUCUUAGAUCUCUUCAAGUCAAUAGCUGAAUUUGACGGCUACAAAGCUGGUCAUCUCAUGGUCGAAAGAUGCAGACAGCCCGAGGCGGUCAUCGAUUCCGAGGUGUUCGCACUGCGCAUGCAACACCUGGUUCUUGGUGUCAAGAGCCGAACCUUUGCCCUGGGCAACAUCAAGAUUGGCGAUAUUCUCAACGAAGUUUUAUCAAUGGUUCGAAGUCAUCAUGUCCGCUUGGAGGGCGACUUUGUCAACGUCGUGCUAAGCAUACUGUUAUUGGAGGGCAUUGGGAGGAGCCUCAACCCAAACCUGGAUCUAUUUGCAGGAGCGCUCCCUAUUUUGCGCCAAGUAGGCGCUCAGAGCGGCUCUGCUAUGAUACGUGGCGGCGACUUCUCGAUGCUCAAAGUCUGGGUUGGUCUUGAAGCUCGCAGCUUCCUUCAAGCGUCCAUUGAAUCUGUUGAAAGAUGCGUGAAAUACGAUCAGCUGUCACCAAACCUUUAGACCCACCAACCAUGCAGCAAGAAAGCUUCUGCACGGACCGCUGCAACCAGCUAUUUCUGGAUUCAGCACUGAGGUCUUCCAUGUAUGCAUUGCUGCGUACAAACAUGCAAACAAGCCUCCACACGGGACAGGAAUCUCAGAUCAUUUAGCGUGUCCAGGUCUCUAAGUGACCGACCAUACUCCCCUCCACUGGCUACUGGACUCAAAUAUCCGGACCCUGGUGGCAAACCAGAAUUAUAUACACGAUACCUUGCAGUGAUAGCGAUCUUACCUGACGGAGGCAACUAUCUAUACCUUGGGGUACGUUAGCUUUCGCGUUAAGAUGUCUGGACAUAAUUUCUCUGGCCAUCAGCAGACCAUUGCAAUGUACAUAUAAGCGAGACUAGACAUGUUUUAGUAUAAAUGUAAAUAAUUC